UUCUGGUCAGAGGAACAUUCAUAGAGAUGUAAUGCUGGAGACCUAUAGCAACCUCAUGUCCUUGGGACACGGUGUUCCUAAACCUAAAUUGAUUGUGAUGCUGGAACAAGGUGCAGAUCCAUGGAUAAGAGAAGCCUCAGACAAGAAUUUCACAGAUGUCCAAGAAAUGGAGGAUGUGAUUAGCACCUGUCAGGAAAGUCACAAUAAGUAUCUCUCUGAAGUAGCAGUCAGGAAUAAUAACCCAGAAGAGGAAAAAGUGAGACUUUUAAGAAGUUUUAAUUUGAGCUCAAAACAGAAGUCAGAACUGAUUAAGAAUAAUGGGAACUCCUUAGGGAUGAGGACAGAAAAGGUCACUGGGUGUCAGAACAUGGGUGUUUUCAGUGAACAUGGUAAGAUGUGUGCUGUACAUAGUCCCCAGGUGUCUUUGUAGUUGAAGAAUAUAAACAAUGUAAAAGGUCUUUCACUGAGAAGACACACCCUAUUGUCCCUCAGAGAACACAUACAGGAGAGAAACCAUAUGAAAGUAAAAUGUGUGGAAAGAUUUUCACCAGUAAGGCAUACCUUACUGUCCACCAGAGAACACACACAGAAGAGAAACCUUUUGAAUGUAACAUUUGUGGAAAGUCUUUCACCUGCAAGACAUAUCUUACCGACCACCAGAGACCAUACACAGGAGAGAAACCUUAUGAAUGUAACAUGUGUGGAAAGUCUUUCACCAAGAAG